AGAAGUUUCCGCCAGAGCCAUGAAAUGAUGCCACCAAUGACUGUUAAGAUUUUGAUGUAUCAACUCUGCAAAGGAAUUUCAUUCUGUCAUGGUCAUGGAGUGUUGCACAGGGAUCUUAAGCCUCACAAUCUUUUAAUGGACCGCAAGACUAUGAUGCUAAAAGUUGCGGAUCUUGGACUCAGUCGUGCUUUCACCAUUCCCCUCAAGAAAUACACGCACGAGGUCACAUAUCUUUUAGCUUGUAUUGGAAAGCACAGCAUUUGAAAAUACCUAGCU